AGGUGUGCCUCGGAGUGCCGCCCAGUCUGGGACGGCAGUGUAGACCGACCCCACGCAGCAGCGCAGCUCAGCCUUUGGGGCGGGCUGAAAGUUGGAAUAAGCAGGAAGUAGGUUGAGCGCACCCGGGAAGAAAAGUACCCGAGCCAGUUUCUUUGCUUGCUGUUGUCCCAGCUGUUGACGGGCCCCAGCUGGACGGGAGGCAGAGAUGGAGGAAGCCAGUGGUGGAGGUGGGAACGAUCGGGUGAGGAGCCUCCAGAGUGAGGUGGAGGGGGUGAAGAACAUCAUGACCCAAAAUGUGGAGCGAAUCCUGGCUCGGGGAGAAAACCUGGACCACCUUCGGAACAAGACGGAAGACCUGGAGGCCACAUCAGAACAUUUCAAGACCACAUCACAGAAGGUGGCUCGGAAAUUCUGGUGGAAAAAUGUGAAGAUGAUCAUUCUCAUCUGCGUGAUCGUGGGCAUCAUCAUCAUCCUCAUCAUCCUCUUUGCCACCAACACAAUCUAGAAGGCCGUAUUUCCAUCUCCUCCCCUUCCCUCCUCUGGCCUCCCUCAGCCUCAGAACCAAUCUCUGCCCUCCUCCUCCUCCCCUUCCUCCUCUUCCUCCUUCUCCUCCUCCUCUUCCUCCUCCUCCUCCAUGCUGCCUGGGGAAACCUCCUUUCCCCUUCUUUCCCUCCUCUGAGUGGAAUGCUGCCCAGCCACCCCAUAGUCCUUAUCUAUGGGCCCUCUGUCCUGCUUAGCCUCACCUGGUACCACGUGUGCAUGGGGAGGGGAAGAGAGGGAGGGAGAGCCUUCAGGGCCCCAAUGCACUAGACUGUGGCUGAGUUUCAGGGGGCCUUCUGCAUGGGCCAGAUGACCUGUGUCCCCUGGAAUGCUGCUGGUGACCUGUAGGUAAUAAAGACCUUUCAGUGUC